CAGCUGCCAGCUAUCAGAUAUCAAGACUCCCUCGAAGAUCUACCCUCUCGCCGCAACUUGCCUCCAGUCAUGGCUCCCCUCACGGUCCUCUCGGACUCGGACGUGAAGAGCAUUCUCCACAGCCUGACGAAAGGGGAAGUAGAAGUGUUGCAGCAAGCGCUGCGGAAAGCUCUCAAUGACUACUCGACUGCGAAGCAAAACCAGGAUGAAUGUGCCAUAAAUCAGCCCGAACGGACAGUGAUCGAGUCAGAUAAAGCUACCGGACGAACGACUACCCUCUUUAUGCCUUCAACAAGUUCUUCCGGUCUUGGCAUGAAAGUCGUUACCCUACCAGCAGGCCUAUCUGGAGACAGACCCACCGGCGAACCGUCUGCGGAUGCCAGCAAUGCGACGCCGCAAGGUGCACUCACGGUAAUGGCAAACAACGGGAAGCCUGUUGGCUUCAUCAAUGCCGAAGAACUGACCGCUUUCCGAACCGCUCUUGCGUCCUCCCUCCUGAUGGCUCGGCGUUCGAAAGUUAAGACAGUGACCGUGUUCGGAGCUGGCAAGCAAGCGUACUGGCAUGUGCGACUUGCGCUGCUCCUUCACGGGCCAACGAUCCGGCAUGUGUAUUUGAUAAACCAUCGGUUCAGUGAGCGAGCACGGAACUUCUUCAGGAAUUUGCUAAACGUGGAUCCCGAGAUCAAGAAGAGAGAAGGAUGGUGGGAGGCCAAAUUUCAAAUCCUCGCUGAGAAUUACAGCGAAUAUCACCGUCUGGUGAAGCAACAAAUCAGGGAUGCGGAUAUAAUAUUCUGCAUGACACCUAGCACGAAACCUCUAUUCGACCACGAGAUCCUCACCAAACCGAAUGGGAGGCUCAAGGCAAGGUUGAUCAUCGCUGUGGGAAGCUAUAAAAAGGAUAUGAUCGAGCUCCCCCCGGAGAUCAUCCAACAAGCGGUAAAAGUACACCACCACGGUCCAUACAUCAGGAAGCGCGCCGAGGAAGGUGGGGUUGUGCUCGUCGAUACAAUCAAGUGUCUCGAGGAGACCGGCGAGUUAACCCGGGCGGGCCUCGAGCCCCGCCAUGUAGUCGAGAUUGGCGAGAUCAUCAUGCUGGACGAGACCUUUGCGAACGAGGAAGACGACUCAGCUAUCGACGACGAUGACUCUCAUGAUAGCUUGGACAGCCCGCGGGGAAGUCUUGCACAGGCCCUGAAGGAUGGCAGUGAGAGCCAUGACCCCAGUAGGCCCGCGUCGCGGAGCGGAUCUUUCUCAACGCUCUCUCGAAGACCCUCCUCCCUGGUCUUCCAUCGACGAACACACGGCCCUGAAAUUGCAAGCGGGAAGAAGCAGAGCAAGGACGGGGAGCAGAUGAGCAAAUGGUUGAGCAAGGGGAACGUGAUUUACAAGUCUGUAGGCCUCGGCUUGAUGGAUCUGUGUGUUGGGAUAGAACUAGUGAGACUUGCGAGAGAGAAGGGGAUAGGUACCUCUUUCGAGGACUUCUGAGCACUAGUCUGAGUCUGUUGCAAUGCGUGUCGCUCGUACAACUUGGCAGAAGGGCCCUUUUGGAUUGCUGGGCGAGAUAGUCAUGAUACCACUGGAGUUAUAUGAUGGAAUGAGAUUGAUGAAAGGUUCAAUUACUCAGGCAAUUUCGACAGCUAAAGCAAGAAGUGAAGGAGGAGACACGUAGCGCUUUGAUGAAGAUCAUCUGAACCUUACAUAAGAG